GUAAUUCUGUUGAUUGUAUCUUUGCUCCAGGUUUAGAGAAGCUAAUCAAGUAGUUGGGUGUGGUAGAGAAGUUAGUAUUUAUGUUUGGUUUUGGGACUGCAUGGGAGGUCUUCCUCCUUAUCAUCAUCUUCUGUCAAGAAUUGAUGAUGUACAUGUAAUGUUUAAGAGUUUAGCAAGAUGCUUAUUUCAUCGCACAAAAGAGGAGUGGCGGCGAUAUCUCUCCGGUAACAAAAAGAAUCUUCUCUUUCCAAGUAGAUUCAAAUAUAUCUGCUUUCAUCAUGGACUAUGAGCUGCUUUGUUUGUUGAAUCAAGAAUAUUUUUAAACAGUUUAGAAUUGCUAAAGUUGAAGUUCAUUUUUAUGUUGGCUAAGGUGAUCGAUCCACUUGUAUUGUUUGGAAGGGGACAUUUUAUGAGAACAGAGGAAGCUAGAAUGGCAGAUCAUAGAGCAAGAACCCGGAACCGUCGCCGAUGCCCAGGUGAUUAUACUUCAAAUAUAUUAGGUUUUGUUCCUUAUUCCUUCUGUAUAAGCAUGAAUAUGUGCAUUUUUUUAAUCUAAUCUACCUAUGAUUCUGAGUUAUAAUUGGCAAUUCCUUCGAACGAAUUCCUGAAUAAGACUCGAGAAAAAUCAAGAGUAUAAAAAUCUUUGCAUGUUGAGAUCUUUUGGAACCCAUGUUAGCUCGACACCCUACAAAAAUCUCGUCAGUUUCACGUGCUUGCAUUGGGACUAAAGUGGACAGCCUACUUUGUCAUGCUAUCAAUUUAAUGAGUAAAUUUAUCCAGGUCUAAAAGAGUAGGUAAAGCCGUUCUUCUAAAGAUAAACGCCACAUAAAAGAUUGGCCAAGAUUAUGUGAAUUAGUGUUAGCCAAAUAAGGUUUAGUUAAACAUCACCUUCCCCAAAACCCACAGCAUCUGCGUACGCGCUUCGUAAUUGAUGUCCUCCCAGAAAAAGACCAUUCUCCUGUUGAGUCACACGGCCUAUUAACUUCGAUUGCCGAGAGAAGAACCAUGCCUCUGGGCGAUAUUAAAUUGUCCAUAAUCCAUUGUCGUGGCUACGAUGGCUUGGUGUCUAUUCUAAGAAGGUUGCGAGGUUGGUGGGGGAACACCGUCGCUCUUCAAAUGUUCCGACUCAGCACUCAUGAGUCAUCGGAUAAUUCGUUACGACCGCACUGAAGCAAGAAGAAGACUCGAAACCUUGGUCGCAUUGUCGGGCCACUUAGAAUUAUAACUAUUUUCCUCUAAAAUAUUCUUGCAGGUACGAAAGCACAUUUCUAGUGAGGACUUUAUUCUAGCGGAAAACCAGCUGAGUUGUUAUAUGUAUUAGAUGAUCUUUCUACUUUCCAUGUUUGUUUUCUGUCAUGCCAAAUGAUAGAAAAUUCAUUUAUAUUUUUACAUAAGAAAACUUUGUAAUGUAAACUAUAUUCCCUAGAUUUCUUUUGCAGGCGUAUGUUUAGUCCCACAUUGGCUAUUCGCUGAGGAAAGCUUGGAUACUUAUACAGACUAAAAAAUUCAAAAAAUAAUUUCGGCUAGCCAUUUGGAUGAGGUGUUAGGUUGUUACAAAUAAUAUCAAAGCGAACUCGAUCUAUAAUCUAUAUAGAUUAGGAGAUAUUGUAGCACAAGUUCAUGAAGGCUGAUUAGAUUUGAAUGGAUUUAAAUUCUUAGUUUAACGAGAAUAUUAGGUAUUGAAUUUGAAUGGAAGGCUGAUUAAAUUUGAAUGGAUUUGAAUUUUCAACCUGACGAAAACAGUACGACUUGUAUAUAUUAUCGGUAAAUUUUGUUAUAUUUGUCCGUCAAGGCCGCGGCCUAAACUGAAUGAAGGGAACACAAAUAAAGGUUCCAAAGCCCCAAGAGUCAAGACAGCCAAAAAGAGAGAGAAGAGCUGACGCAAGGGUUUGGAUUUUUCUCACAAAAAGGGCUGCGAACGUUUCAAUUCAUAUCUAAGAAAAUACAACGGUGGUGGCAUCCGUCCUAAAAUCCUGUACUCCCAGACUGGGAAACAAGCUGUUUUCUUCGAUAAAUCUCAUUGCCGGCAUCAAUAGUUUUUGGGUUCAUCUACUCUGCGAGCGAGCGUCACCUUUUUCUCCCCACGCGUUCUCUCUCGUCUUCAGCCUCAGCCUCAGCCUCUCUUUUUAUCCACCGCCAGUGCCAUCCCAUCUCCCAAGACCCACCUCAAACUUUCCCGCAUCUUUUGAUCUUUCCGCUCUUCUGUAUCAACUUUGAUUUCUUUUUCCUGAGUGACGACUGAAAGACUUCCUUCGAUCAACUUCCCAAAAAAAUAUUCUUCGCCGCUUCUCUCAACUCCAGCUCCUGCUACUUCCAAGUUCCAAACCGCAUUGAUUAGAGAUGCGCAAGCAUCAAGUAUUUUGGUUCCCAAUCUUCUUCUGUUCCGUCGCCUUCUUCGACACCGAAGAAGCUUCGCGGAUUCCUCUUGGUUCCAAGCUCUCGGUUGCAGAGCAUGAUUACUGGAUCUCCCCCAAUGGGAACUUCGCAUUCGGGUUCUUCAACCAUUCCGACCAGCCUAACCGAUUCGGAGUUGGUGUUCGUUUCAACUCGAGAUCGAUCCCGCUCCCCGAGCGAACCCUUGUCUGGGUUGCCGGGGCUCAUGUUUCUGUUGGAUAUGAUUCAUUUCUUCAACUCAAUGAGGCUGGAGACCUUGUUCUCUUCGACUCUUCCGAGGGAGCUACGGUCUGGAGGAGCAACACUCACAAUUCCUCCGUUGCUUGGGCCAGUCUCGGCGACGAUGGAAAUCUCGUUCUCUCGAAUGCACGCCGGGAUGUUGUUUGGCAGAGCUUCGGCACUCCUUCGGACACGCUUCUUCCAGGUCAGAACCUCACCUCCUCGCAGACGCUCCGAGCGGCCAGCUCGAAUUUUGUCUCAAGUUACUAUGGUCUGUCCAUGGAUGCUUCAGGCCAGCUGAGACUCAGCUGGGAAACUAACGUCACCUACUGGAAGACUGAAGCUACUUCCUCAGAACCGAUACUUGCGGCUGUCUUCACCGGAGAAGGGGCAUUUCAGCUUCUCGACGUGAGGUUGAGGCCGGUUUGGUCGAGGUUCGGAGAUGAUCAUAAUGAUUCCUCUGCGAGCUUUCGGUUUCUGAAGCUGGAUUCGGAUGGCAAUCUUCGAAUGUACUCAUGGAGCUCCCCUUCCAACUCGUGGAAGAAGGCGUGGCAAGCUGUGGAGAAUCAGUGCGAUGUCUUUGCCACCUGUGGCUUGUCUGGCAUCUGCGCUUUCACUCCCUCAGGGGAUACAAUUUGCAAGUGCCCCUUCGGCGGAUCAAGCUCCAGUUCGAAUUCAAACUGUUUGGCUCCAGAUAUUCAGGCAUGCGAUGCUAGAUCGACUAUGAUCGCACUUAACCACACAUUCUUAUAUGGAAUUUACCCACCCGAAGAUUUUAUCACCCGGUCUAGCAUCGAGCUUUGCAGGAAUUCAUGUUCACAGGAUCCUCAUUGCACGUCAGUCACUGUUACUAAUGAUGUACCUGGAGAAGUUCGCGCAUCUUCACCUUCUUUACUCAGACGAUCAUCCAGACUCCACGUAUCCUCCGCUGUUCUGCCGGCUUCAGGCGCGCUUGCUGCCUUUCUGGCGCUCCAAGUCGGUGCAUUUCUCUACUUCUUGAGGAGAAGGAAAGCCAUCAAGAGCUCAGGAGCCGCAAGGUUUCCAUGUCGGAGCUCGGUUGGUUUGAUCUCAUUAUCCUACUCGGAGCUGAAAGAUAUAACCAGCAACUUCAAGCACCAGCUUGGGCUGAAUCUGCACAAGGGUGUGCUUCCGAUCGGCCGGGCAGCUGCGGUCGAGGAGUUGAAAUAUGACACGGAAUGCGGGGAAGACAUAGGAGAGAAGCAGUUCAAGUCUUGGAUUUCGGUUUUGGGAGGCACGCACCAUAAGAACUUAGUGAGGUUGUUGGCAUAUAGUUGCAAUUCCGGCCGAAGAUUUUUGGUGUACGAGUUUAUUAAGAACGCUUCAGUCGAUAAAUGGCUGGAAGAUGCUAAACUGAGCAGGAGGCUAACUUGGAGGAAGAGGAUGGAUAUAUGUAUAGGAGUGGCGAGAGCAUUAGCUUACUUGCAUUCUGGGUGCAGGGAAUUUGUCAGCCAUGGGAACCUGAACUGGGAGAAUGUGCUUCUGAAUGAAGAACUAGAAGCAAAGGUGACUGGAUUCGGCCUGGCGAGGGUCAGAGGCAAUGCUGGCCAAAAUAGCCAGGGGGCUGAAGUGGAUGUGGCGAGGUUUGGGGAAAUGAUUGUGACUAUGGUGAGUGGCCACCGAGGAGGAGGGGGGGAUGUGUGCGGCUGGGCUUACAAGGAGUGGGCGGAGGGACGAGCAGCAGCGAGGGUGGUGGACUCGAGGAUUGCAGGAAAGUUUGAUUUGGAAGAGGUGGAACGCAUGCUAAGGGUUGCAUUUUGGUGCAUCCAAACUGAUGCAAGGCUGAGACCCAUGAUGGCUGAAGUACUGAAAGUGUUGGAAGGUAUGCUAUCCGUCGAUCCUCCGCCACCUCCCUACCCUUGCUUGAAGUCCUUGGAGGAAUCACAUUCUAUACAAUGAAUCUGAUCCUGUAAAGAAUCCAAGAUUGACAGCAUGGAAAAUGAUUUAGAAUGUCAGCAACAAGGAUAAGCAUGCGAUUUUAUGAAUGCAUAGAAGCUUAAGGGAGGAAGAGGGGUGGAUGAUAUUGUUAAUGAUAGGAUGGCAUAGGAGAGUUUCCUAGCAGCCUAACUGUUAGUACUCAGAAGAGUGCUGUUUCUACUUUCAAGAUGUCAUUUUGUCUUGAAUUUCAAAUAUUUCUCAUCAUAUAGUUGAUAUGAAUUGCUUUAAUCUGAAUGAGUAAUUCCUUGUCCUGUUCCUUGGUUAACGCCACUAAUUUUCAUCAGCAGAUGAAGUUUCCAUGUGUCUGUGAGAACUUACAGUGCAGGUCAUUUUAGUUAAAACUGUUUCGAGUCUUAAAUGUUUGCAGUCAAAAUUUCAGAUCACCUGGAGAUCUUUAGUACAGUUCCAUGGUCAAUGUUAGUUGAUGAAGGUUUUUUUUGUUUGCCCCUCUGAGCUGUCUAAAGUUGGUUAUUGUGUUGUUUGAAGUUGUUGCAAAUGUUUCUUCUGAGUCUGUGUUUCUUGGUGAAAUCCUUGGAAAAUUACCAUGCUUACUUCCAAGUAAUCUUAUCUGCUUUAUGACUCUUGUUUAUGUUUCUCUUGCCUGUUCAUACAACUCGGUAAUCACAUGACAGGAUUCUCAAGGCUUAUAGUCCUCUUUACUUUUUUCUUUCUUUUUUCUUUUGAGAAGAUGGAAUAAAUUUGAAGCAAGAAGUAAACUGCUACCCUGCUGAAUUGGUUGGUAUCUCAACAUAUAUGAAAAUUUUAUUAGGUGAAAGUAAAUCAUACGAACACAAAUGGUGAGUCCCAAAUUUUUAACAAACUACCGUUUGAGGUAAAUAACAGAUGGAGCGAUCCCAUCGAAUGGGUGGGGUUAAUAUAACGGAACAUGUUGGCCUGGGCUCAUGUUUGGCCCAACUUAUCCAGUCAGAGCCCAACUCAACAAAUUGUCAGCUAUGUUCGAACUGAUAACUAGAUUUCCAAGUUUUGGUUCAGGCAGGCUAAUCGGACUUUAGAAAUUAAUCUGUUUAUAUUAUAAAGUUAUGAUUCUAUCCGUGUCAUAUUGAAAGCGUGAAACCAUAAAGCAUAAAAUAUCCACUUCAUACGCAGGGGGUGACAAUCUCAAAACUUAGUAUAUAUAAAAAAAGGUGGGGAAAAUUUUAAAAAAUAAAGAUUAUGACAAUUUAGUAACAAGAAAGCAAUUAAUGAUUUGUUUACUGAAUCCAAUAGAAAACAAUAUGAUAAAGGAUUGAAGUGGGAGUUAUCUUAGGGUAUGAUGAAGAAGAAGAUUUGCUACCAGGGAUAUUGGGACUACAUGGAAGAAUUUGGUUAAUAGAGAGUGGAGGAGAGGAAGUGAAGAAAAUACGAAAGGAAACUCGAUGAAAACUGAAAUAGUAAUCAACUAUGAAAUAGCAAAUAUCACUUUAUUUAAAAAUCCAGUAAUUUUUCUUGGCUUAUAUCUAUCUAAUUGACAUGUGUUGGGAUUAAUAGUGCAAAACUAAAUAUCCUUUCACCCUCCAUAGUAACUGUAUAUUGAUGAACCUGAAAAGACAUCUAUGGAAGACAAUGAUAAUCAUAUAUUAAUUAGUCCAACACUUAGUACACACCAUGCCAAUGUUGAAUUUUAUGUAAUUUCUUUUUUCUACAUCAGCUUGAAAACGCGAGCAUAGUUUUUUGUUUUUACUCAAUUGAAGAUUCUAUUUUAUUCUCUUUUGUGUUGUCUAUCAGAGAUAUAUUUGAUUAAAGAUUUCAGUUGUACAAAAUAUGGUAGCGCACCUAUUUUGUUCAAUUACAUCUUAUAAUUAUCGUAUCUAAUUGUUCUAAAAUUAUUUUCCAAAAAUAUUAUUUUUAGUUGUAGUCCUUCAAAUGCAAUACAUUCUACUUCGUGAUUUGUGAUUUCUCCUAAAAGUAUUUUUUAAAAAAACAAAAAUUAAGGAUGGAAAUAUAUGGCUUGCUAUCUUAACACAAACUCAGACCUGCAAUAAGCAAAAUGGAGUUUGACAUCAAUGAGAGUUCCACAACCCAGCACCGCUCUGAAAUUACAAGAAGAUGAUGAAAAAAAUAAAUUAUAACAUUGAGAAAUGUAGAAGCUGGUUGCUCUAUCAUG